ACACGACAAUCGACGAAUUUGAAUAUAAAUAUAAACAACAAAAGAAAAAGUCGUCAGUGAUAUACGAGACGCUGUUGUCUGCGGUCACACACAAGAAUUCGAUCAAGUAUUAAGAAUGUCUGUGCCGGUGUUGUAUUUCGACAAGCGAAGUCCUCCAGUUCGGAGUGUCUUGUUGCUCGUGGAAGCUCUUGCGAUUCCCGUCACCUACCAUCUUGUGGAUCUCUUCAAGGUGGAACAUCUCAAAGAAGACUUCCUAAAAGUAAAUCCCUUGCACACAGUGCCGUGUUUGCAGCACAACGACUUGCUCCUAACAGACAGUCAUGCCAUUCUCGUGUACUUGUGCGACGUUUACGGCAAAGGAACUGCCUUGGAGAUCGAUGGCGUCGUCAAUCGUGCCAAAAUCCUCAACAAACUCAUGUUCAAUGGCACCGUUUUGUUCGAACGGGAGAAAAUCAUCAUGCGAAAAAUCUUUUUGACCGGCAAAAAAGACAUCGAUCCAAAGGAGAUGGCAGCCGUUAAAGAAGCUGUGCAGUAUUUGGACAAAGUAUUAGCAACGACGAGUUUUGUAGCUGGAGAUUACUUGACGAUUGCGGAUUUUUCCAUUGUCGCGUCGUUCAGCACAAUUAGUUUGGUAUUGGACUUUCCGCAAGAAGAGUUUCCAAAUGUCGCCAAGUGGUUUGCAAAAAUGCAAGAAUUGCCAUACUAUCAAAAGGCGAAUCAAGAAGGACUUGACGCACUGAAAGAUGUAAUGAAAGAAAUUUGUGCUGGAGAGGUAACAGUGAAAUCCAGAACUCAAGCAACGAAUUGAUUUUUUUUUAAAUUUUUUUUUCAAUCCAGGAAGAGAGCGACCAAAACAAGACUUUCCUAAUACGCACAUUUUUAUAAUUUUUUAAAAUAUAUUUUGACUUGAUCAAAAAAGUAAUAAAUAGUCACCAA